AUGGCUGGCGACCACAUUGCCCCUUGGAGAACGGCCGCGCAAGGCCAUCUAACCCUUGAUGCCAACGGGGACCCCAAAACAGACUAUUCUAGAUGGCGUCUACUGGAUGACCGCGGCCGCCAGACCUGGCAUUAUCUUGAAUCAGACGAGGAGAAUGAACAAUGGCCUCAAUCAAUCGCUGACAAAUACUUUUUGGGUCUUCCUUUGGACCUACCGGCAUUGCCAAAACCCAAAACUCCGUUGCAAUGCGCCGAGAAUGGGCUAGAGUUCUUUUCCAAGCUUCAACUCCCACCGGGGAAUUGGGCCUGUGAGUAUGGUGGUCCGAUGUUUCUGCUUCCCGGAAUCAUCAUCACCUGGUAUGUUACCAACACGCCGAUCCCCCCGGAAUAUGCGACGGAGAUCAAAAGGUAUCUCUUUGCUCGCCAACACCCGGAAGAUGGUGGUUGGGGCCUUCACAUUGAAGGCCACAGCUCCUGCUUGGGCACUUCUUUGAAUUAUGUCGCUCUGCGCCUGAUCGGCACCAGUGAAGACGAUCCUCGAAUGAUCAAAGCGCGUGGUCUGCUACAUCAACUUGGAGGCGCCAUUUAUAGCCCGCAUUGGUCGAAGUUCUGGCUCAGCAUCCUUGGUGUCAUGGAAUGGGACUGCGUCAAUCCCGUCCCUCCUGAGAUCUGGCUUCUUCCCAAUUGGGUUCCGUUUGCUCCCUGGCGAUGGUGGAUUCACAUGCGUCAGGUUUUCCUGCCCAUGUCGUAUCUCUGGUCCAAGAAAUUCAGCCAUCCUUUAGACCCACUCACCACGCAACUGCGGCAAGAAUUGUACACCGAACCAUACGACUCUAUUGAUUUCGCAAGCCACCGCAAUUCGAUCCACAAGGCCGACAACUACUACCCUAAAACCUGGCUUCUGAACACGGCAAACUUACUUCUCGUCAACGUUUGGAACCCCUACCUCCGGUUCUCGGGCCUGGUGCGCCGGGCAGAAGACUGGACUUGGGAACUUAUCCGCAUGGAAGACGAGAACACCGAUUAUGCCGGCCUCGGACCCGUGAGCAACCCCAUGAACAUGGUGGCUUGUUAUAUUCACGAUGGUCCCGAUAGUUAUUCGGUCCGUCGCCACAGAGAGCGCCUCCAUGACUACAUGUGGAUGAAGAAUGAGGGCCUGCUAUCGAAUGGUACCAACGGUGUCCAGGUGUGGGACACUGCCUUCAUCACGCAGGCCAUAGUUGUUGCCGGGUUUGCGGAUGACCCCAAAUGGCGCCCAAUGCUUACCAAGGCCCUGGAAUUCCUGGAGGACCAUCAAAUCCAAGAGAAUGUCCCCGAUAUAGAGAAGUGUUACCGUCAACACUGCAAGGGCUCGUGGCCCUUCAGCAACAAGACGCAGGGGUACAAUGUUAGCGAUUGCACUGCUGAGGGCUUGCGAUCCACUAUCCAGCUCCAAGAAAUUCACAACUACCCGAAACUGAUCUCUGAGCAGCGUCUGAAGGAUAGUGUCGAUUGCCUGUUACUGAUGCAGAACCCUUCUGGUGGAUACUCCGAGUACGAGGUCACCCGAGCAUCUCCUAAGAUUGAAUGGCUGAAUGCCGCCGAGGUGUUUGGUGGCAUCAUGAUUAGCUACGACCACCCGGAAUGUACCACCGCCUCCGUAACAGCACUCUCAUUGUUCAGCAAGUUCUACCCUGAUUACCGCGCCGACGAUAUCAAGGCGGCCAAGGAAAAGGCAGUGCAGUACAUCAAGCGCGUUCAGAGACCCGACGGUAGUUGGUACGGAUCCUGGGGUAUCUGCUUCACCUACGCCGCCAUGUUUGCCCUGGAAAGUCUGGCGAGUAUUGGCGAGACAUACGAAACCAGUGACUACUCUCGCCGCGGAUGUGAGUUCCUCUUAUCGAAGCAGAUGGAGGAUGGAGGGUGGGGGGAGUCCUACCUCAGCAGUGCAAACCACGUCUACACCCACCAUGAGCAAUCCCAAGUCACCCAAACUGCGUGGUCGUGUCUUGCCCUGAUGGAAGCGGGAUAUCCACACAAAGAGCCACUUCAGAAAGCCAUGAAACUGCUCAUGUCACGACAGCAGCCGAAUGGAGAAUGGCUGCAGGAAGCUAUUGAGGGAGUCUUCAACCAAUCCUGCAUGAUCUCUUACCCCAACUACAAACUUUACUGGCCUAUUCGCGCGCUGGGGCUUUACAGUCGCAAGUUCGGCAAUGAAGAGCUCUUGUGA